AGCACAGCCUAUUUCUAUUGUGCUAAAGCUGUGGUGAGAUUUCAAGGGCUCCCUGCCAUUCACCUUCUGCACAAGCCUUGAUUUCUGAUCCAGGAGGGAAGGUGAGAAGAAGAAUGACUGGGCUGCCUCUCCUUCUGCUGCUGCUGCUCUUCUGGCUCCUGCCUCCAACUUCUGCUAAGAGGAAGCAAAGUGUAUGUGUGUUGACAAACCCUUUCCAGACUCCGGAACAAUGGGACUAUUACAGGUCUGGUGACUUCAUCAUUGGUGGGAAUUUGAACCUGCAGACCUUUGAUCCCUUCAGUUUUCAAGACUAUGAAAACACCUUAUUCUCACGUCUUUUUGGAAAGGACAUCAUCAGCAAGAACUACCAGCAGUUCCUGGCUUUGAUGUUUGCAGUCAGAGAGGUCAACAAGGAUCUGGUUCUCCUGCCCAACAUCACCCUUGGCUUCCACAUCUACGACAAUCACAAGUUGGAGAGGAGGAUUGUCUUAUUCAGCCUCUCCCUGCUCUCCACACGAGGACAAAUGGUUCCAGGUUACAAAUGUGACCGGCGGGACCCUUUGCUCUCUGUCAUUGGAGGUGUCAACUCCAGAUCCUCAAGGCUGAUGGCCUCCAUCUUCAGCAUCUUCAAGGUCUCGCAGCUCGGUGUUGGCUUUGAGGUCUCUCAGGGAGACAGAAGAGUUUAUCCUUCCUUCUUCCGGAUUAAUCCCAAGGAAUUUCCCCAGUAUGAGGGUUUGGUCCAGCUGCUCCUGUAUUUCCAGUGGAACUGGGUUGGGCUGGUGGCCCCUGAAGAUGAUGAUGCAGAGCAUUUCGUCUCAUCUCUGGGACCACGCCGGGAAUGUCCCCGAAUUCAGCCGUUUCCUCCUGUCUUUAGACCCUUUGAAGCCCCAAGGGGACGUCUUUCUCCCACUAUGGUGGCAAAGGGUCUUUAG